AUGCCACACGAGACCGCCGAAGAGAGGGCCGAGAGGCAGGCCCGUCUCUCACGAGCCAUGGGUGCUAUGUUCCUUCAGGACAAGGUCGAGCGCCUCGAGCGCGAUGUGCAGCAUCCGCCCUUCUCCCGCGGCAUGGCACGAUCCCGUAGCGGACCCAACCACGCUCGCCGCCUGGCACAGCCCAGCCAGCCCCCUUCCGCUCCGUUUGAGGGCAGCGUUCGGGUCAUGACCCGAUCCUCUACGGGCCCGGGAAUAAUUCGACUGCCCGCCGACGCCGACGUGGCACCAAGAGCAGCCAUAGCGCUACCGACCAAGCUCUACCUGCUUGACACGAGCGUCCUGGUCUACUCGCUGCGUACCGUCCAUGAAUGGCUCAAAGAUCCUCGCAUCCAGCUGGUCAUUCCACUUGAAGCCAUCAACAAUCUGGACCUUCUCAAGAAGGGCAACGAGCCGGUCAACGUUGCCGCACGGAAGGCCACUCGUUUUCUCGAGGAGAAGAUGCAGCCGGGACCGCGCCAAGCCGGAAAUGCCGGGCUCUUUUGCCAGAAGGAGCUUGAGCGGGCCGACCUCUCCCGUCUGGAAGCAAGGAGAAGGGUGAUCCGCGAAACCGAAAGAGCAAGCGCGCCCCAGGAAGGCCUUCAGGGAGCUUCGCUCGAAGCAACAGAGCCGGGCGAUGACACGGACGAGGCGACGUCGGACGAGGACAUCCAUUCACCGGGGUUGUGUCCCCGGUUCAUCGCCGAGCUGCUGAGCGCGGCCGUCUACUUUGACGAGCUCUUGGCCGGCGGCGCCCAACCUGGCCCUUCGAGAAAACAGGACUUGUCGAUCGCAGUCGCGUUCGACGAAGAGUUGCCAUCGACCGAGACGCUGCGCGACAAAGUUGCGUACGCCGAACGGGCCGAUGGUCGACUGAGCGCAGAAUGGCUGAGAGCGCUUGGCCUCGAAGUCCAGGCGCUGCCCGUCGGCAGAUCCUGGAGGGGCCAGCAAGGUGCCCGGCCCUCUGGCCCUUCUGCCGCAGACGUUGCUGAUGCGCCCAUGAUUCUCAAGAGACCCGCCGCGACGGGAGCAGAUCGGACGAUGCCGAACCCGUCGGCCGCACCCGAAGGCAUCCUGGUGCCACCCGUCGGCUCGGUCCGAAAGCAGCCCUCUCUGCAGCAAACGCUCAGGCCUUCAACGAGCGCGCUCGAUACUUCGACCCCCAACGCCGCCGGCGGAUCGCCCAGGUUUGGCCACGUCUCGAUCCUCAAGUCGCGGGCAGCGGUCAACCGCAGCCAGGACUCGUUCCAGAGCCAGGGCACCAGCGUACAUUCGCCACUGGUGGCGUCGCGCAAUGCAUCGACCACGAGCCUGUCGCGUCCGUCGUUUGAGCUGCUCUCCAACGAGGGCGACGUCGACGACACUGCCAGCAGCAGCACCAGCAGCCGCAACCUGGGCAUGACGCGGAUCGGCAGCAGGGCCAAGGUGUCCAGCAGCAAGACGGCAGCCGAACGCAUGGAAGAGUACCUGAAGAGCCUGUCGUAG